GAAAACUUCUCUUUCAGUGUCCUCUUUGUCUUCAGCAGUCCUAGAGGUAAAGUGGAGGACAGUUUCCUCUCAUGAUGAUGUGCAGUUUUUCAUAUAAUUUUCUAUACGUUUUUUCACGUGAAUGAAACAGUAUAAAUGCUCCAUUCUGGACAUGUAGAGAGUGAUGUUUAUAUUGUUUUUGUUAAACUCAAAAGCAGAGCAUGUGCUUAUUCUGUGUUUACACAUUCUAAAAUUUUAAUGUUCAGUGGCUUCUCCGUAAUGAGGGCGAAACUGGGAAAACUGGGAAUUUUCUGUUUCGCAACAGACUAGAACACAUGGAAAUGUUUUUCCCUCGCUUAACAACAAUAACAAAAAAAAACAAAUAUUGAUGUGAAAAGACUGAGCCCAUAAUGACGUCUGAACUGCAUCAGAGAGCAGGCAUUACAUAAUAGCGGAGGGUGGGGGAGACAGAAUGAUCGAUAACCUCUGAACAGUUUGACAACACGACCGUAUACGGCACGUUUCUGUGAAAAUGCAGAUUUCACGGGUGCGAGCGCUAUGACAGAAACCAGAGCAAAUAAAUUCCAACGACACAAUUACGCCUGUUUAACGUAAAAAUCUGAGAGGCUCACAAAGAAGCCACUUAAGCUCAAAGAUAAAGCACUGUGUUGUGAUGUAUAAGCUGUGCCCUCGAUUAACAAAUGAACAAAGGCCUAGACAAAGCACUUCUCUGCACAGCGAUCUUUGGAGCUGAUAGAUUACUAAAAGUUACUGAAGUUCCAAAUUUAAAUACGCUCUUCAUUUUAUUAAAAGAGACAAAAAAUAUACAUAAUGAGAGCUGACUCACUUGCAAGGAAGCUGUAGAAUAAUAACCAAUAUGAUUGCUGGAAAGAAUCAUAAUGAUGCCUAUAUGGCGAUGUAUGUAAUGUGUGUAUCUGUCCUGUCUCAUGUGAAAAUGGUGUUCGCCAAGGUGGGAUUCUGUCACAUAUUUGAAGAAGAAUCACUCACUGAAUUUGUCUUCUGCAUUUGACCCAUCCUUAGUUGAACACACACAUGCAACAACCGGCAAAUUACAUGCAGUGAAACACACACAGGAGCAGUGGGCUGCCACUAUCAAGGGGAGCAAAUUCGGGUUUAAUUGCCUUGCUCAAGGGCAGCACGUCAACUGGCUAAUGGGGGGGUAAUUUUUCACAUUAAUCACUCCACCACACCCAAAUUUUUCCUGCCCGUCCGGUGGGGGAAUCGAACCAGUGACCCUCUGAUCACAAGCUGUUUCUCCAACUUCCAACCCCCCUGCUCACAGUGUAUAAGGAUGACCUAGCAAAACAAGUGAAUGGAUAUAGCAGGCUGUCUGUAAACUGUUAUUAAUCAUCUCAUUGACCUGGUUAUUCUCAGUCCUACAGUACAGGGUUGCAGCAAUCUCUCAUGACAUCAAAUUUAAUACCGGACGGACCAUCAACACCAGCAGAUGUUAAGAAAGUGCACAAGAAUAUAGAAAACAAAAAUAAACAAACAAGCAAGAAACACCACAAAUAAUAAAUACACACAAAAGUACACACCCGGAGGCAUCAGUCAGUUUGACGUUUACUACUGCAGUACGGCCUCUGUAACCUCUGCUUGUUUUAGGCUGCUGUUUCAAAUCCCAACUGAUACCGAGACGCAAAGGAGCUCUUAAACUGAUUCAGUUUACACCGCUGAGCUCUGUAGCACCCAACUGAUGGUAACGGCAUGGCUGUUGUGUGAGCCACUUCCAACACAUAUGAUGUACAGGUUUAUGAACAGUGUCACAGAAGCUUUAACCAGCCCAGGAUAGACUGCUGUUGGUGCUUAGGCUCCGAAACAGGUAUGAGAAUCGUGGCUCUGGUGGCGGUGUGCGGGCUGAUCGUUGCUCAGGAUGGAGGCAGCGUGGGCGCACUUCUGCCGGGAUAUGACUCUACACAGAGGACACGUGCAACAGGAUCAGUCCUCUCUGCACUCAGGAGAAGCACUGCAGGAGAGUUGCUGGCAGAAGAUCCCAAUCUGUGUUUCUCCCUGAGAGAGAAUGAAGACCAGUGGCAGCUCCUGUGCAACGAUCGCCGGAGUAAAUUUAACUUCAACCCAUUCGGCCUCCGCUUUGGGAAACGCUACAAUGGCUAUAUUUACAGGAGAGCUGUUAAAAGAGCCAGGACAAGUAACUUCUCACCCCUUUCUCUCUUCUCACGAGAACUGGAGGUGCCUACCUGAGAGAGAUGUGACUUCCUCUGAGGACUUCUGUCCCUUUGGUGAAAAGUCAACAUGUCACAAAUCCAUGUGUUAAACAUAGGUCUUUAUCUUUACAGAAAAUGAUGUUUGUGUGAAUAAAACUUUUUGUACCAACUCAUUUACUGUGAAAUAACUUUACAAUAAUUUGCAUUUUGUAACAUUUGUCUCCGUAUGUUAAAGUAAAAUGUCAUUAAAAAAAGAAGUCAAUAGUAACAUUUUUAAAUUGCACUGCAGACAAUACAC